UGUCUGUGCUUGCAACUGGUCGAGAAAAUGGUUUCAUCAUAUUUGAGUGUAGUCGAAAUGCCUCAUCGCCUACAAAGACAUGAGGCAAAACAAUGUCCGAAUUUGGUAGUUUACAUGGAGGGGGAAACAUGUUACCAGUCCGAAAUUGUUUCCCAAUAUUACUUUUAUCAAAAAUUCCACUAUCGCCUUCUUUUCCAUAAGACCCGACGUCAAUAAAUAUAAAUUUAUAAUUUGCGUCAACAACAGCAAGUAAAACUAUGGAAUAAAAAUGUUUAUAAUUGAAGUACAAUGAACCACUAUGUGAGGGAGCAAAGAUUCGUACAUGUUUCCCAUCGAUAGCUCCAACACAAUUGGGAAAUUGCCACUUUUCUGUAAAUUCCUUGGAUUUUAUCUUGAGUUCGUCUGGUGAUAGUGGAGGUAAAAAAAUAGGUAAUAAUUUUUUCCGUAAAACUGAUAGAACAUUUUUCACAAUUCGGCUGAUGUAGCUAGGAGAUAUUCUAAAGGCAAAACCCAAUGAUUUAAAUGAUUCGCCGGUUGCUAUAUAUCUGAAAACAAAAAACAUAAACCAUAUAUCGUUGGUGUUGUGGCAAAGUCGCUAAGUGUAAACGGUAGUUUUAAGUAAAUCAGUAGAACAUAUCGAUUUAGCAUAUUAGAAGUUUGGCGCCAUUUUCUAAACAUUGCAACAUAAGAGUUUAGUAGAUUUUGCUAGAACGUCGAUUAAAUGAGCUUUUUACUCACUAACUUCUAUUGCAGUAAAGGAUUGUAAAUACAGAUGGCGAAACAUCAAAGACACAUAUCAAAAAAGACUUAAAAAGGGAAAAGGAACUGGAUCGUCUGCAACGUCCAAAGGUAAGAAGUGGCCCUUAGCAGACAUGUUGACAUUUCUAAAUAAAGUGGAUCACAAACGAGAAAGCAUAUCAAACCUUCAAUGUGAUAACACAGUUAUUGAAGACGAUAACGCCAGCACUGGGGACGAAUGCUUAGAAACAGGUACAUGUAAUGCUGGAGAUGAUUCUUCAAUCGGUAAUCCGAUCGAACAUUCUCUCCAACCUUUGCUCAAACGGCCGAGAAAAAGAGACAAAAUUGUUGAGUUAAUGGAAGCAAGACGGAAUGAACGUGAACAAAUUAUUAAAACAUUAACUCAGAACAAAGAGGAUGAGAUUGACGUCUUCUUCAGAAGCAUUGCAAUGUCCGUUAAAAAAUUGAAACCGGAACUUAUUAAUGAAGCAAAAAUGCGAUCAUUACAGUUGAUUUUUGAAUUGGAACAACGCAAUGAAUACCUCAUAAAUUCUCAGAUACCUUCCACAUCAACUAUUUAUUCUUCAUCGACACCGACGCUGUCAAGUUUGGGUGGAGAUUCAGUCGAUUACAAUUUAUUAUAAAAAAAGAAAACAGAAAUAAAUUUGUUCUAGCAACAAUAAUUUCAGACUAGUUGUAAAUACUGGUUGUAAAUAACGCAAAAGAGUCAUGCUAUGGUGCAUCUUGGCACCAUAGCAUCACUCUUUUGACGGAUUUCAGGCCGUUCCCAACCGGUCAAAAUACUUGUUAGAACAAAGAAAUAGUUGUAAUAAAGAGUGAUAUAUUAUUUUUGUAUACCUAUUUUGCACACUCUAUUUACUGGAAUAUUUUGUUAUUCCCGUUACUUUCCCAUUUUUAUUUAUUUUAAAAGAAAUAAUACAUAUCUUUUUUGUUAUAUCAA